GAAUUGGUCGACCAUCAAAGCCACGUCGACACAGCAUCAGAGGCAAAAUAGCCAGCUAUGCUCCCAUCACCACCGGCGGCGGCGGCUCCUCCUCCUCCUCCUCUACCGCCGCAGUCCUCCGACGAGGACUUCUUUUCCGCCGCCUCAACCUCCACUUCCUCCGAUUCCAAGCCACGCUCCCCACCCCAAACCCUCCCUCAGAUCCCCAUCGUAUGGCCCGAAGACGGCGCUCUCACCGCCUCCUGGGUCUCCGACCUCAUGCACGCCUUCGAAUGGGCCUCCAAAGCUCUUCCGCCCUCGGAGCUCCCCUCCGUCCUCCCCGUCGCAGCCUUCGACAAGCUCGUGCUCACCGCAUCUAAGAUUUUGCACAAGGAGCCCAAUUGCGUCAGGAUCGACGAGAAUUCCGAUCUCAAUUCGGACUGCCGUGUCGUGGUGGUGGGGGACGUUCACGGUCAGCUGCAUGAUGUGCUUUUUCUGCUCAGAGAUGCCGGAUUUCCUGCCGAUGAUCGCUUUUUCGUGUUCAAUGGGGAUUAUGUGGACAGAGGUGCUUGGGGGCUCGAAGUUUUUCUGAUUCUACUGGCCUGGAAGGUUCUUAUGCCUCACAGGGUAUUUUUGCUUCGUGGAAAUCAUGAAUCUAAGUAUUGCACUUCUGUUUAUGGAUUUGAAAAGGAAGUGUUAGCUAAAUAUGGUGAUAAUGGAAAGCAUGUCUACAGAAAGUGUUUGGGAUGUUUCGAAGGACUCCCCCUUGCUUCAAUCAUAGCUGGGCAAGUUUACACGGCACAUGGAGGGCUUUUCCGUGGUACGAUUGCCACUCCAUCAAAAAGGUCUAAAAAGAAGAAUCGUAAGGUUGUUCACAACCCUAAAGUGGAUUCUUUAAUUCUCGGUUCCUUUGAGGAGUUAGCAAAAGCUCGAAGAUCUGUCCUUGAUCCUCCCUGGGAAGGUCAGAACUUGAUUCCUGGCGACAUCCUAUGGUCAGAUCCAUCAAUGACUCCUGGUCUUUCCCCAAAUACUGAGAGAGGAAUUGGCCUCUUGUAUGGUCCGGAUUGUACUGAAGAAUUUUUGAAGAAGUUCAAUUUAAAGUUAAUCAUCAGGUCACAUGAAGGCCCUGAUGCACGGGAUAAGCGGCCUGAUCUUGGAGGAAUGGAUGUUGGAUAUACUAUAGAUCAUAUUGUUGAGUCCGGCAAGCUCAUCACAUUAUUCAGCGCCCCAGAUUAUCCACAAUUUCAGGCAACAGAAGAGCGUUAUAAAAACAAAGGAGCCUAUAUUGUCUUGGAACCUCCAAACUUCGACACACCAAUGUUUCACAGCUUUGAAGCUGUAACCCCAAGACCGAAGGUAAAUCCUUAUUAUGAUUUCGAAGAUGUUAUUGAUUCUGAUGAAGAAUUGGACCUGGUAUCAAUGGUGACGGAUUCUGGAUUGCAGCAGUCUGCUGCUUGAAAAGGCAAUAUUACGACUGCAAAAUACCGAAUGAAUUUUUGUGUAUGCUCUUUUGCCCGUUUUCUAUUAAAGUGUGUAUUUAUAUAUUUGUGAAAAGGCAAAUAUAGAUUCCCUACUGGUGAGUAUCAUAAUCUUGUACAUUAUGAUAUCAUUGCCCUGCUGAAUAUGAGGGUCUAAUGACGUCGCAAUUUUUAUUUUCCUCCAAAUUAUUGUGUAGUGAAUUUGUUUAGAUUGUAACUGAUUCAGUGUAAAGAAACUAACACCUCAGUUCCAAAUUCAUUGUAUUUGAGCGUUUAGAGGGGAAAUGUGUGUUCAGUUCUGUAUA